GAAAAAUAUGUUAAGGCAGCUUUUAUCAGGUUUCAGCUCAAUUCAUGUUGGUUUGCAGGUGGGAUAUUUGAUUUCGAUACUAAUAGAAAAAGGGAUUCCGAUACUGUUAGAACAAACAUCCCGACGAUUCCCAAAGAGAAAAGUCAAAAGUUUUGGGGUAGAAGACAGGAUAAGUGCGUUACCAGACGAUUUGCUUGUGCGGAUAUUGUUGCUUGUGCCAACAAAAGAUGCCCUGGCUACUAUGAUUUUGUCAAAGCGAUGGCGGUCUAUUUGGACGAUGGUGCCAAAGCUCGACUACUUAGAGAUGAUCAGUGAUGAUACUAACAAAGUAGUUAUUGGCGGUUUACUUGGUCGUUUACUGGAGCGAUUUUUUGGCAGAAAUGAUCAGAAACGACUGUGGCUUUUGCGGUUUAUUGACGAGUCAUUACAAGCCCAUAAGGCACCUGUUUUAGAAGCAUUAGCUAUAGGAGUCGAUAGAGGACGUCACGUUGAUGUUGUUGAUGUUGGAAAUUGGAUUAAAAAAGCGGUUCAUAGUAGAGUGCGUGAGCUAGGGUUUAUUCUCAGAUGGUCCGCGGAGCCUACUAGGUUACCUAAUAACCUUUACACAUGUGAUACACUUGUUUCUCUAGGUCUUUCCAACAAGAUUCUUGUGGAUGUUCCUUCUCCAGCAUGCCUCCCAUCCCUCAAAUAUCUUAUACUUGACUCUGUGGUAUACAAAGAUGAAGAUUCUUUGGCUCGAUUCUUGUCGAGUUGUCCUCUUCUCAAAACUUUGAUUGUGGAACGACACCACCAAGACAACGUAAAAGUUUUCAAUAUAAAAGCCCCAUUUUUGGUGUUUUUAUCAUAUCAUUAUGUGAAACUAGAACCACAUGGCGAAGCAAUUGAGGGAAGUUUAGUAAUAGAUUCUCCGGCUUUAAAGAAAAUCUUCAUCACAGAUCACUCGAGAGACUCUUACUCGAUCGAAAACGAACCUCGCCUUGAGAAGGCAAAUAUCAACUUCCGUUGUUAUCCUGAUGACAGGUUUAGGACAUCUCUUUCCUCAGUCAUGUGUCUCGAAUUAGUUUUGAGCUUUGCAACGUUUUCCUGGUUUAGCACUAUUGGCUACUCUUAUCUUAUGGAGUGUAAGAUAAUACUUGUACACGAUUUAGACUGGUUACAACCACUAAUGUUUUUGCUUCAGAAUUCUCCUAAUCUAAAAGUUCUUCUCAUCGACAAGACAUUCAUUCAAGUUGCGGAGGAGUUGCCGCUUUCAUGGAACCAACCAAGUUCUGUUCCCGGAUGUUUGUCAACCCAUCUAGAGAUCUUUGAGUGGAGAGAAUACAAAGGAAGAAACGAAGAGAGAGAAUUCAUAAACUAUAUCUUUGCUAACUCUAAGUGUUUAAAGAGAGCUGGAUUCUCUCUGAAAUCAACCGGCAACCAUAAAGAUAGAAAGAAUAUGAAAGAUUUGGAGUCUAUGUAUAGGGUUUCAACAUCAUCCCAGCUUCUAUUUUCCACUCAGGUGGAAUAUAUGAGUGUUUCAGGUGAAACAAGGGAGUGA